GCGCGGAGUCUCAGUCAUUCUAGCUAGAAGCUUCUUUGGAUUGUUCUGACUAAAACUUGACCGCUUAUAGAGAUAAACAUCGCCAGUUCAAAUAAAAUUAUUAAUUCUCGGUGUUCUACAUUAUUCUUUCAGGAGAUCUGCUGCCCGUUACGCAUAUAAAAACGCUAGACGAUCGCCUCCAUAAAUAGCCCAUUCAUUUUAUCCAUUCAGGGAGUCAAUUUAUUUCGUUGGAAAUGAAGACAAAAUUCAUAAACGGGGUUUCUUCCUCUCCUUCAAUGUCCCUGGGUCUUCUGGUCACCGAAAGUGCCUUGCAUGUCCAACCAGAAUCCGAGGAAAACUGUAAAGAGGUUAUUAUCCGCCAAGACCAGCCUGAUUCAGAGACCAAACGCAAGGCGUAUCUCUGGUGCAAAGAUUUUCUACACGGAGCAUGGAGGUCGGUAUCUGAGGACGAUUUCGAAAUCACCAUCAUAAGGGGUGGUCUGAGCAACAAGCUCUUCCUCUGUGCGCUCCCUGACCGUCUGGACAGUGUUGGGGAUGAACCAAGAAGCGUUCUUCUGCGCCUCUAUGGGGCCAUUUUGCAGAUGUCCUGUAAUAAAGGUGAUUCCCAACGGUCAAACAAAGAAAGCCUCCAAGGGGCUGAGGCCAUGGUGCUGGAGAGUGUCAUGUUUGCCAUCUUGGCGGAGAGAGAGUUGGGUCCCAAACUCUAUGGAAUCUUCCCCACAGGUCGCCUUGAGCAGUAUGUCCCGAGUCGUAAACUUGAGACUUGUGAGCUGGGAGAUCCCAACAUCUCAGCUGAGGUGGCCCAGAAGAUGGCCGCGUUUCAUGCCAUGCGGAUGCCAUUCAACAAGGAGCCAAAGUGGCUUUUUGGGACGAUGGAAAAGUACCUGAACCAGAUCAUGAGGAUGGCCGUCACCAGGGAAUCGCACCUGUGCCUCUUCAACCGCCUGGCCAGCUACAACUUGCCUCAGGAGAUGGAGGAUCUCAAGUCACUACUUGAAUCCACCAACUCCCCUGUAGUGUUCUGCCACAACGACUGCCAAGAAGGUAAUAUUCUACUGCUGAAUACAUCAGUGGACCAGAAGUUGAUGCUCAUUGACUUUGAAUACAGCAGCUACAAUUACAGGGGAUUUGACAUUGCAAACCAUUUCUGUGAGUGGAUGUACGACUACAACUGUGACAAGUUUCCCUUCUUCAAAGUGAAUGCUGGGAAUUAUCCUUCUAAAGCUCAGCAGCUGCAUUUCAUUGAGAGCUACAUGAGGGAGUCAGAUGGCAGAUUCAGCGACCUGCACGACGCGGCUCGGGAGAAAGUGAUGGAGGAGCUCUACGUGGAGGUCAACAGGUUCGCCUUGGCGUCUCACUUCUUCUGGGGGUUGUGGGCUUUCAUCCAGUCCAGAAUCUCCACCAUUGAGUUUGGAUACAUGGAGUAUGCUUUGGCCAGAUUUGAUGCCUUCUUCGAGCAGAAGAAGAUUUGGGGAGGCAGCAACUAGAGGCAACUCACCAACUCCUCCAGUGAUUGUGCUGGAGGAGGCUGGUGCUGUCACCUACCCCCUAGCUGGGGGACAAGGCAUUGCACAAUCCCGCUUCCUGAAACUAAAGUAAAACGCAGUGCAGCAAAUUCCGGUGGUCCGGCAAAAAACCCUGAUAAAAAACAUCUUAUGCUAGCUUUCAUGAUAGACCAGAGGAAUGCGGUUGUCUUCUGCUAUUGUUUAGGACACAUGCUCACAUGCUUCAGAUGCAUGCUGGGCCGCAGAGCUAGCAUGUGGGGCAGCUCUCUGUUACAUGUGCCGGUACAUUCCCUGUUGUAAAUGUUAACAUUGUAUCAAUGUGUAGCUAUCUAUCAUUACCAUAUGGAAAUGAUACUGUGGUAAAGAACCGAGCCAUGAACCAUUUGCGGUAGAGCCUUGCUUACUAAAGUAACAAGGAACUAACUUCAUAUAUUAUAUAUAUAUAUAUAUAUAUAUAUAUAUAUAUAUACAUCUAUAUAUGUGCCAGUUACCUGGUUGAGCCCUCUAUUAUUGAAAGGCAGAUUUUCACCAAACAAGGUUUAAUUCUGACUUAAUUAAUACCUUGAAUGAGUGCAUACACUACCAGCUGUGUAGUCCUACUGCAUACGUCAGUAUUUCUCUUGACUCUGACUAAGUUAGGCAGGUCAGGUCAGGGCAAUUGAGGGUAUACAGUUGAAUGCUGGAUUUUCCUGUCAUGUGAAUUAAGUUGAUCGCUAAUUUUAAUCGUCGCCAUCCUUGGGCUGAUUAUAAUUGUGUCAAAACGUGUUUCUUUACUACUGUAGCCUAAAUUUAACAUCCUGUUUACACAAUCGGCAUCUUAACCCUUCUGUGAAUAUUAAGUGAUCUUCAAGGUUUCUCACAUUUUGUAGUUCUUUAUCAUUGAAAUUAUUUGGACCAACAUGCAGUGGUGUAUUUAAGAGGUAGCUGAAAAUAUGCUAUGACACAGCAUGGUUUUUGAUAUGAUGCAGUGUUUUAAGGUCCGGAAUCAAUUUGUAGCAGUUUUAUUUGCUACGGUUAUUAAUGGAAUUAAAACAAGCUAGUUUACCAUAUGCUCUAUGUUAUAAGUGCAUUGCAGAAAUCUUAUCAAACAAGGACAAAACUAAUCAUGCACAGCUUAUAUAAUGGUUUCAUUAGGGAAAUGAAGAGCAACCUGCAUAAAAAGGAAAAAGGACAUAAACAAUAUCAUGAGGUACAUUAAUUCUAUGAAUAUACAUCCUGGACAAAUAUAUGGUAUAGGUUUACUUUAAACUUAUGUCAUGGGCAACAUUGUCUGAGCAUGGGACUAAUGCAUAUUUGAAACAUCACAAACCCUGUUACUGUUUUAUCGUCUUCCCAAGGACAUUGAACAUGUCACUGUGUUAGUUUGGGUAUGUGUGUUACAUAUACCCAUAUUGUUUAGGACACAUGCUCACAUGCUUCAGAUGCAUGCUGGGCCGCAGAGCUAGCAUGUGGGGCAGCUCUCUGUUACAUGUACAUAUACCCAAUACAUAAGAAGUGACCCUUACCUUCAAGCAUAACACAAAACUACGUUUUGUUUUUUCAUGUUAUUUUUUUUGCUGUGGUGGUUUAUCCCAUUUAUCAUAAUUUUGUGUCUUUAAAAUUGAAUGUAUGUGUUCUGUCAGACCUGUUGGAUGGUUUUGGAUACAUAGUAAGUACUUGUGAAUGGGAAGGCAUUGAGGGAUAGGCCUAGAGGUGUGUAGAGUGUGUACCCAUCACUGGUCCACUGCCCCGUCAGCCCGUCCACGUAGAGCAGUGGCACUUCGCACACGUGGCACUUAGCACACAAGGCUAUAGCAACGUAGCUUUCCGGCAACUGACGUAUUCUUUAUUUGUGACGUUACACCUUUUAUCCAUCAUUUUCUUAAGAUAAUGUUUUUUUAUUUUCUUGUCUGCAUUCCACAUGAAUAUUGUUAACUUGAUAUUUGAACAAUGUUUCAAACAUAAUUUUUAAAUCGCUGUUGAUUUCCAGAUAAAUUCUAUUUCAUAUCCAUGUCAGUUUUCAAGUUUUGUAGUUUUCAAAUAUCCAUAUAUAUUGCUAUAAAGAAAUUGAAAUGUACUUUCAAAUGGUAUGCACCUUUCAGAUCAGAAUAUUGCAAACCUUAAUCAUGUUGUUUUUUUACUAAAACUGUCACUGCAAUUGUUUAUGAUGUUGAGCGCCACAUUCAGAAAAGAUGUCUUGGCAUUCUAUGGGACAUGUGAUUUGAUUCGUUACUCUUAUACAAGCAUAAAUCGUAUUGUAACUUUCGAAUCCAUAUAAACUGAUUGAACCUAUUCUAACUGGUACUGUAAUAGAUUGAUAUGAAAGCAGCUUUAAUGUAUAAAUAUAUAGUACGCUACAAAUAUACACUUACAGAGGGAAAAUUAUGCACUUUGCAAGAAGAUUUGUUGAAAAAUGGGCGGUUUUGCUUUGCGUAAUAAAUCAUCACAAAUAA